GUGUGGACAACAUGUCAGGAAUAGCGACGAGUAAAACUUCCUUCUUUCGUUCAGACUAUGAACAUGUAACUCUGCCUGCUGUUUACACCUUUGUUUUUAUCAUUGGUCUGGGAGCUAACGGAUGGGCGGUGAGGUCCUUGCUUCAGAAAUGGAAAAUUCUUGGACACAUUAAUGUGUUUCUUCUGAACCUUGGAGUUGCUAACUUUUUGUUCCUGCCAACUCUCCCAUUUUUGUCAGCAUACUAUUUUAUGAGGAAUAAAUGGAUCUUUGGAGAUGCCUUCUGCAAGAUCACAAGAUUCUGCUUCAACUUGAAUUUAUACGGCAGCAUUGGAUUCCUCACCUGUAUAAGUGUGUACAGGUACCUGGCUAUUGUCCAUCCAAUGAGGAUGAUGGGGAGAUUAACUGUCACUCUCUCUGUGGCUAUCUCAGUUUUGGUUUGGCUGUUGGUGAGUGUUCAAAGUCUUCCAGAUAUGUUCUACCCAAAAACCUCUGCAAACAACACUCAUACAAAUAGAACUGAAAAAUGUCACCAUACCACCUCUACAGAGUAUGCUGAGAAUUACCUGAAAUACAGUGUGGGUUGGACAUUGACUGGGUUUGUUGUGCCACUCCUUAUCUUACUUGGCUGCUAUGGACAUGUGACUCUUGUUCUCUGCCGCAAAAAUACCAUUAAUAAGGUGGUGAAACAAAGAAGCUUAAGGUUGUUGUUCAUUUUGAUUUUGCUCUUCUCAGUUUGUUACAUCCCCUACCAUAUUUUUAAGAACCUCAGCCUUUAUUCAAGAGUUCUGAUAAAACACAGGAUGCGUCCAACAUGGGAUGAGGGAGUCUUCUGUGCUCAUCAGAUCAGUCGUGGUCUUGUGUGUCUGAAUAGUGUUUUGAACCCACUAGUUUACCUCCAUGUCAUGGAUAUUCCUGCUCAGCUCCAACAGCUGCUUCAGCGGUUUCGUCAGACAUUUACUCGUUUGUUUGUGUCAAACUAUGUCAGUGUGCCUGUGGAACAAACUGCAAACAGAGCAAUAUCUUAACAGUAAAUAAUGACUUUGCAUGCAAACGUAAAAGUUAAAGACUGCUUUAUGUACUACAAUGUGCUUCAUUCUCUUAAUUAACACUCACUUUUUCUGGAUAACAG